AUGGAGAGGUAUGAAAAAAUCGGGAAAAUUGGCGAAGGAUCCUACGGCGUUGUUUUCAAAUGCAGAAACAGGGACACGGGCCAGGUGGUGGCCAUCAAGAGGUUUCUGGAAUCAGAAGAUGACCCUGUCAUCAAGAAAAUCGCCCUCCGAGAAAUCCGCAUGCUCAAGCAACUCAAGCAUCCCAACCUCGUGAACCUGAUCGAAGUCUUUCGGAGGAAGCGGAGGCUGCACCUGGUGUUUGAGUACUGCGACCACACGGUCCUGCACGAGUUGGACAGAUACCAAAGAGGGGCCCCAGAGCAUCUCGUGAAGAGCUUUACGUGGCAGACGUUGCAAGCGGUGAAUUUCUGCCACAAGCACAAUUGCAUACACAGAGAUGUGAAGCCAGAAAAUAUCCUCAUCACAAAACAUUCAGUGAUUAAGCUGUGUGACUUUGGAUUUGCUCGACUUUUGACUGGACCAAGUGACCACUACACAGACUACGUGGCCACCAGGUGGUACCGCUCCCCGGAGCUGUUGGUGGGGGACAUGCAGUACGGCCCCCCGGUCGAUGUGUGGGCAAUCGGCUGUGUCUUCGCUGAGCUGCUGUCUGGGGAGCCUCUGUGGCCGGGAAAAUCCGAUGUGGAUCAGCUCUACCUGAUCAGGAAAACCUUGGGAGAUCUCAUCCCUAGGCACCAGCAAGUAUUUAGCACCAAUCAGUACUUCAGUGGGGUGAAAAUUCCAGACCCUGAAGAUAUGGAACCACUUGAAUUAAAGUUUCCAAACAUCUCUUAUUCUGCGCUGGGGCUCUUGAAGGGCUGUCUUCGCAUGAAUCCUGCUGAGAGACUGACGUGUGAGCAGCUGCUGCAGCACCCAUAUUUUGACAGCAUCAGAGAAAUAAGGGAUUUGGCGAAAUAUCAUGACAAACCAACAAGGAAGACCCUCAGACAGAACCCAAAGCACCUGCCUGGGUUUCAGAACCUACCUCAGCUCACUAGCAGCAGCAUCCUUCCAGCUUUGGAGAAUAAGAAGUACUACUAUAAUACCAAGAAACUUAACUACUAUUUUCCAAACAUUUAA